GAAUAAAUGUUUCGAGGUGUAAAAAUAUUAUGUUUACCUAAAUUGAUUGAUAGCUUUGGAAGUCGCAUAAGAUUUAGUUAACUUGUUUGUUGUCAUAGUUGAUGCCACUUAUGUAAAUACAGAGUCGCACCUCUACGCAGCCUAAACAAUACACGCAAUUUUACAUCUAUAACCUCUUCAGAAAGCUGGAACAGAUCUAAAAUGGCUGACUACUGGAAGUCGAAUGAUCGCAAGUACUGCGACUUUUGCAAGUGUUGGAUAGCCGACAAUAAAUCCAGUGUUCAGUUCCACGAGAAUGGAAAACGACAUCAGAUGAACGUACAAAAGCGUAUUUCAGAGAUAAGUCGAAAUAGCUACAAAGCUCAGCAGGAGCAGAACAAAAUCGAUGCAGAUUUGAAGAAAAUGAAUGAUGCCGCCAUGAAGGCUUACAUGCAAGAUAUUAGCGCUGGAGCUGAUAUAAGUUCGCGGGAGUUAAACGAAAAGCAGAAACUCGAACAAGUGCAAGAAGCUUGCGGUCAAAUCAGCCCUCGUCCUGGACCGUCUGUAAGCAGCUCUGGAAACGCUGACAGCAGACCUGCGAAAGCGAAAAAAGCACGGGAAGCGGAUCCAUUGUAUCUGCCAGGCGCAGAGAGCGAAGAAGAUACAGAAAAUGGCAAGGGAAAGACUUUGUCUAAGAAACGACACAUCGAAAAUAUUGCACAAGUCGGCAAUGGAUCGAUGUGGGUGGAAGCUGAGACUGAUGAAGGGUUUCCCUACUAUUGGAACGUGAAAACAGGCGAAUCCAUCUGGGAAACUCCAAAAGAGGGUUUUAUGAAGAAGGAGGAGUAUGAAACGCUAUCAAAAAUUGCAUGGCAAAAGCAAAAGGAAAUCGCAGAACAUGAGGCAAAGUACGAGUUGGAAAAUGCUGAUGAAAUCGCAGCAAGGCUUCGACGCGAAAACAUGGCGCAGAUUUUUAAACACAACCGUAAAAUUAAAGAAGAAUUAGAGAAAAGAAUAGAUCACGGCGAAGUUGCAGUUACUGCACAAAUUGAACAAUCGAAAAAUCCUUACGGAAACUGGGAAUCAGUUGAAGUCAAGAAAGAGCGUUCGAUUGACCUGCAAUUACCGGUUACCCCUGCCCCAUUGUAUGUUCCAAGUGCAAUGCCAGAAAAAAUGGAACCAAAAUUCAAAGAAAGAGUUAUCGAUCACAUACCACAAGAAGUCAAAGCAACUGUAAGCGACACGUUUACAAAGAAAAGGAAAGUUCAACGAAAUGCUCGCACACGUUUAGAUGUAGACUAGACAAUGGAUAUAGAACUGAAUAUAAACAAUUGUCUCAUUCGCACACUACUCUAGAAUGCGUUUCGCUUCUUUCACACACAUGCCUUACAUCGAGUCGAACACAGGUACAUAUUUUGUCCACGCUAUUGUAUGCCGCCAUUUUCAGUUAUACAGUUGACAGCAGUUGCAGCAGAAGAGCGUUCCCUCGCUGGCUCUUCUAAAAUAUCCAGUCUUAAUCUGUUAUUGCUCUGGAAUAGCACUCGAAUCAUAAGAACAGUGAUGUUGCGAAACAAACCGUCGAUGUUGGAAAAGAAUGCGCCAAUGGACAACACGCGAACGGAUCCAAUAUUUACACAAGAGGAUCGUGAAGCCGAAGCACGCCGCCUAGCAGCAUGCAUAUGUGCGCGUGGAAAAACAACUAUACAGUGUUUGCGAUGCGGUAACCUGUGUUUCGGCCGUAAGUUCCGGCCCUGUCCAUCUCAUCCUAAAAUCGUAUUUCUGUAUGACAUUCGGGCAUGUUCGGUGUGUCAGGGAACGUUGAAACACUUGGAGGAGCUCCCAAUCGAUUUUGAGACCUACCAGAAGUUAAUGCGAGUGGGGCCGGCACGUUCAUCACCUUAAACAUCGCUUCGUUUGAUCAAACUAUUACCGAAUUCAUAUUGACGAACAACUACAUGAAGUAAUAAAAUUAGUUUUAUUAGUUUUGAA